GUGGUUUAGUUCAAACAUGUACGUCUGCUCUACAGACAAGCAAUGUGUCUUGUUUAAAGUGGAGUAUUCUAAAACUGAGUUUGAAUGUUUACUACAAGUUAACCCAAUUUCGGACAGCACAUGAUGGAUUAAGGAUAUUUGGAUAUUUGGACGUUCAGGAGGGAUUUGAUGUUGAUAGUUACGGAUAAACCACGAGAUUGAUAUUUGUGUGUCCGGUGGAAGGUCUUUGUCCACGUUUUAAGUCUUGUCAAGAGGGAUAAGUGUCAUACUGUGAUGUAUGUGUGUUGUUAUUUAGGCUUGUGUUGACGGAUGGUAUUAAGUAAACUGCCCCCGGAAUAGUGCACACUCGUAUAUAUUAUACAGUGUUUACAAAUGUGUGUCCUGGAUUAAUUGAUAUUCUUUAUAGUGGACGUUAUUUACAAAUACACGUCUGCAACUAGACAGAAUCAUCUUGUCUGAGGGUUCGGAUGUAUACGUGGUUUUCAUUCUAAGACAAACUUCAGACGUAUCUUGAGUCAAUGACCCCGUUAAGUUGAUUUAUAAUGUAAUGAUUCUCACUUAAACAAAAGGGAUACAGUGUUACACUCCAAGUAGAUAAAUUACUUCAUUAAGUGUCUGUAAAACGUUCAGAUCCUAGAAUUAUCGGAGUUAUGUUAUGGCGACUAUCGAUUGUCUAUGGCGAAUACAAAUCAAAGGGCGGCAAUCCAAAUGAGAGACGUACUAAAUGGAGCACGGGAAGAUAAAUAUUUGCAGGCGGCUAGACGGACGGUGCGGCGCGAUGGCGCAUCGGAAGCGGUUGCGGGUGAGCGAAGUGAACCCCCACCUGAUCUGUGUGCUGUGUGGCGGCUACUACAUCGACGCCACCACUAUCAUAGAAUGCAUGCACACAUUUUGUAAGACGUGUAUUGUGGGGUACCUGGAGGCGAGCAAACACUGCCCCGUGUGUGACAACCUCGUGCACAAGACAAAGCCACACCUUAGGCUCAGGCCCGACCAUACAUUACAAGACAUCGUAUACAAACUGGUGCCCGGCUUGUUUCAAGAUGAAAUGCGGAAAAGACGAGACUUUUAUAAAGAGGAAAUCGAAACUGGUCGGGUCGGGGAACAUGGGAUUCCAGAGGAGCGGGAGAGGAUCGUCUACUCCGCCGACGAGCAGUUUAGUCUCGUGCUCGAACUCAGCUCCGACGGAAAUCCUCCUCUACAUGUCGGCGGCCGGUCCUCCAAACAUCUGAGACUUGAGGCCGCGGACCGUCGCUACCUUCUGUGUCCAGGGAACUUCAGUGUUGGUCACCUAAAAAAGUUCAUCAGGAUGAAAUUCAACCUGCAUGACAAAUAUCAGGUUGAGUUCUUCCACACGGACGAGGGUCUGUUGGACCACUACACGCUUGUCGACAUUGCCUACAUCUACUCUUGGAGACGGAAAGGGCCACUACGGCUGUAUUAUUCGGUGUUCACAAAUCCUGCAAAACGGUUUAAACCCGACCCUGAUGACGUCAUAGAACCGGUAACCAUGGACACUGAGACUAUUGACGUCACAAACACUUCUGAUCUCAAAACUGAAACAAGCGGUUACUUCUCUGAUGAAGAAAAACUGCACGACAGCUUGGAUAAGUCAGUGCUUAACACUUCUGAUGAGAGUAAAGCCGACUCUGUACUUGAUGGAGAUGGAAUGGAUAUAGACAAUGAUGAUAUAGUGCUUGAGUCCACUGACAAGCUUAGUGCGAAAGCAGAGAAAGAAAAACUGGAAUUUAAAAGUAAAUUUCCUGAAACUGAGGGUAAAGGAGAAACUAAACUGGAGAAGUGUGAAACUACAAACGAUGAUAAACCAGUUGAAAAGUGUAAGCCUGUGAAUGAACCUGUCCAAGAACAAAGUAUUGAAGAACUUAAAGUAUCUAGUCAUAAAUUAUCCAUGGAAUUUGAAGACGAUGAUUCGUGUUCUGAACAUGAACUGUGUAUUGCAGAGUCUGAAAAUUCGACAAGUGAAUUUGAUUCACAAGAAGAUGUGCAAACAUGUUUUAAGUCGUAUGAUAUUUUCGACAAGAAACCAAUAACUGAAAAUAACCAAGUGUCGGACAGUAGUGUCUCAAACACCAAAGAAAAGAAGACAGACACAAAAGAAGCAACGGCAAAGUGUGAAAAGGUUAAAGAAAAACCUGAGAUGGUGGAAGCAUCUACGGACACAGUACCGUGCACAAGUGACGACAAAGUAAUGACAAGCGUACCAGCUAGAUUAGAAACCAAAUCAAAAUGUUGUUAUACCAAUCAGGAUAUAUCUGAACCUGUUGUUUCAUCCACCCAAAACACACAAGGCUGCCAAACAGAGCCACCUGAUCAAGAUAUAGACACUCUGGAUAUUCCACAUUCCUCGGAGAGUGAUAUGAACAGACCUCUCUCCCCAGGCCAUAAACACAAAGUGGAUGUUUCAUGUGAGACAGAUAAUUUAGUAGUUGAUAGACAAAAACGUUCCAAAGACAACGUGACAGUUUAUGUGUCUACUGAUACAGAAGCGAACACUAGUGAAAAGAAAAGGAGGCUUGUCGAUAGUGCUACAGAUAUUUACGACUUUCCCAAGUCGGAAAUGGAAACUCAUAAGAAGAGUAAAUAUAGCUCCAAAUUUUCUCAUUUAUCAAAUGACAUUAGCAAACGGAAGUUGUUAUCUGUGGAUUGUUCAGUGGGUGAACUUCAAACAUCCAGUUCAAACAAACGUAAAAGUGUUGAUACUGAUUUGUAUAGUACAGAAACAAAGACAAGAAAACCAGAAUCAAAAACAACAAAGCGAAGUGUAAGUUACUCCGGACAAAUAAACGCACAAAAGACAGCAUAUUCUGCGCAACCACUUUCUCCUACAAAGAUUACGGUAAAGUUCACGCAACAGCCAAAGUCUCCUAAGUCACCAAGCAAAUCAACUUGUCCUAAAUCGCCAUCAAGAUCAGAAACGACUGGUUUUCAGUCACAGUACCAGUCAUUUGUAAUGGAACUACCUGAAAAGACUUACAGAUUUGAGGGAGAAGAUCAACCGCCUGUUUCUGUGUUAAGUAGGCCUCUAAAAGUGUACCCUGGGGCUUCAUCAAAGUCAAGUGGAACAUCCAAUGGAGCAUCAUCAAAGUCUAUUGGAACAUCGACUGCGACAUCGUCCAAGUCUAGUGGAACAUUCACUGGGGCAUCCAAGUCUUGCGGAACAUUCACUGGGACAUCCAAGUCGUCUAGUGAAACAUUGACUGUAAAUAUCCCUCAGUCCCAAGCAUUACCCAGUAGUCAAAAGAAAUCUCAAAAAAGUGCGAAACCUCGUGGAAGGCCCCCAAAGGUAAAAGGUGAAGGUUCAUUAGAACCUCCACUCCCUAAAGAAAAGAAACACAAAUCUAGAAGUCAUUCUCCAAAGCGCAAGGUGAAUAUAGAUUCCGCAAAGAGUGAUAAUACUUUCAUCUUGCAAAAAUUGAAUAAAUGUUCGCCAAAAUAUAGCACUGAUUCUCAAAAAGUGAACAAAGCAUAUUCGUGGAUUAAUAAGAUCGACAAUGCUUCGGGAUUGAAAUCAAAUGUUACAAGUGAUUCCAAACCGAAAGAUAAAAAAGGAAGCGAAGUUGAACAACCACCCCCGGACUUGCGAAUACCAAAACAGAUCCUGUAUUUCUCAAAUGGGCAAUACACUUUGACAACAGUCAGUAAUGUAAAUGCAUUGAAACAAAGCAGUCCAAUUUCCCCACCUCCAAAAACUGUAUUUACUUCUGAGGUGCUCCAAAAGGAACAAGAUAGAUUAAGUAGUAAGUCAAAAGAUGAUAAGGAUGCUUUGAAAGAUUCUAAUGAGAACACAAAUACGACCAAGGAUGAACCAAUGAUGCCAGAACUUCGUCUUAUGGAUGUUAAAGUGACUGAAAAGCUAGACGAUCUUAAGAUUGACAAGCUUAAGACAGAGACAGCUGAGUGUGAUUUAAAAGUCAUUCCAACUACUGUGCAAUUGGAUACGAUUCAGAUUGAUAUACCAACUGACAUGUCCCAAGUUAAAAGCGAUACUAACGUUACCAAAGAUUGUACAAAACCUCGAGAAGAGGUAAAAACUAAACAAGUGAGCCCUAAGUCGCAGGUGAGUCAAACACCUAGUACAAAUGUGUUACAAAUGGAUCUUACCAAACAACAAAUUAGUCCAACGUCAUCAAACCAAACUUCGCCAAAGUCCCAAAUAAGUCCAAGGACUGAUGCAAAUGAUAACAAAAUAACAAAGGCAUUAGCUACAUCAAGUGGCGAUCAUUAUGUACCAAAUUCUUCAGCAUUUGCAACGUCGCCAUCUGCAGCUUCUAUGUCAUCGACCAGUUCAAUGCAAGAGGCAAAAGAAUCUAAAGCCAAGAAGCCCAGCACAGCUGACGUAAAGAAACCCAUGGCCUCGUCGCCAGCCCCUCCACUUCCUGAAUACAGACAUCAAAGUCCGUUUUUUACUUCGCUCAGUGGUGCCAAGCUUGGUAACCAUCACCGUCACACCACACAUCUGAAUAUACCAAAUCUUGCCAGCCAUUUCUCUGGAGCGCAUCACCUCUACCAACAAGGCCGCUUUACUGACCGCCUCGGUGCACCGUUAUAUGGCUCAUUUUCCAUGAACGAUAAAUCUGUCAGUGCUACCAUUGCGUCUAAACUCGAGGAAGCACGUAGAUUGGAGGCCCAAGCAUUGAGUGCACAUUGCUCCUUUAUGACUCCCUUUCCGGACCCCUAUUUAAGGCUCAUGCACAGUCACCUGGUGUCUAGUCUACCCCCGCCGCCUCAUCUUACACACAAGUCCUCGUAUGCUGAAUCUAGCAAGUCAUUGUCCUUCUCUGACCACGCGACCCACGGUGCUUCAUCUAUGUCUCAAAUAGCUGCAAGACAGUCUACAAAACCGGCUAAUACCAACAGUUCAAAGGGUAAAGGCAAGAACAUUGACAAUGUCAUUAGUGCCAUCACUAAGAUGAGGACGAAGAAGGAGACUCAAGAACAGGUUAAUGGGAUUGAUCUUAGUACGAAAACUACAAGAAAAGAGGAAAGUGUUGGUGUGAACGCUGAAUCAAACGAUAAGGAAAUGAUUGAUAACAAAGAUGAACAGACGGAGUCAGUUGCGAGUAAGCAAGCUAAAGUUACGCAUAUUGGAAACGGCGAGAAUAGUGUGAAUUAAGUCAUUCAUUUGGAUUUAUUAGUGGUAUGUGUAAUAAGAAAACAUGUGGUUAAAAUCGUGAUAAUACAAAAUAAGAGUAUUCAUCAUCUUAGUGUGGUAUAACUUAGUGGUGAUGGAUAUUAUCACAACCCCUCAUUCGCUGCCAUGGAUUUAAUUGGAUUUAUCUGCCAUGAAUUUAUCUGCCAUGCAUUUAUCUGCCAUGGAUUUAUUUGGAUGUAUUCCAGUGCGUCUGUAGUGCUUCAGUUUGUACAACAUAGUAUUGUCAAGCAAAUUAAAUAGGGCUUUUGGAGUGGAUGGAAUGUGAGUUGGUUUUACAAAGGUCUUUUACUGAAAUCUCACCAAUUUUGCAGCUAUACAGAUUCUACUGCCAUUUUAUAACAGUGGAUAUUAAGUUACUGUGGAUUUAUAUAAAUAAUAUGUGAUUCUGAUCUUCUCAACUGUAUGGAUACAAAUGUGGUAUUUUUAUGGAUGAUUUGUGACAUAUGAGAAAAAAGGUGUUUUAUUUUCAUCCAAAACUGUGCUUUAAUGAGUGUUAUCGUUGUGUAACGAAAGUUUCAAAAAAUCGAUAUUUCAUGGAUUAUGUUCAACUUCUGUGUGGAAUUACCUAGCUUAUGGAUUUACCUACUAAGUAUUUUGGUUGGAUUAAAAACAGGUACCUUUGUCUCAGAACAUUGUACAUGCACAAAAAGACUUGCAGCUCUAGGAAAGACAUUAGCUUAAAGGGACACGCUCAUGUUUUUGUUAAAUGUAAUUUUUUUGUUAUGACAAAAUAAAGUGUGGCCACUUAUUAGAGUUGUUAAAACUAAGAUACUGACGGCUGGAACUCUCCAACUAAUAUUGAUAUAUGCUCAAAUAUUGUCUUUUAAGUACAUGAUUUUGGAUAGCGUUAGAAAUACGAUUUAGCACUUGGCUUCAAGGUUAAGUUAUCCUCUUGAAUGUGUAUGAGCCCUUGUUGAAGUGAUGUUUUGUUGUCAGUUUUCUAAAUUGUCUUUGACUGUAUCGGCGUGGGUUCGCACCUCACCUAAAACAUGAUAUAUUUUUAUACAUUAAAUGUAAUUUUUUUCUUGCAUUUGCGGUUCCAAAGAGUAAAAUAGUUAUAAUAUAAGUGCUUCAGAUGCAUUUCCGGGUAAAUUUAAUUUAGUGCCAAAACAUGAGCGUGUCCCUUUAAUUGUUUAAGAAUUUCUUUAAAAAUCGUUCUUAUAUUAUUGAAAAUAGUUUCAUCUUGAAUUUUGUAGUAGUCAAAUUUCACCUGUAUAUAGUUAAUGAUUAGAGACUGCAGAUUUCUCAUAAAAUAGGUAACAUCCAUCGAUGUAGAUAAAAUAUUUUUAUUUUGAGGCCACAGUAAAAAAAAAUGUUUGUUUGCUUUUCCCCUGCCCACGUGUUUAGGUGUGGGUACAUAUACAUAGGAAGUGUGUCCAAUUUCUCGACCAAGUUUAAGUUCAUUCUAACCGGGUUAAACUAACCUCACUAUUUCUGUUUUGGUAUAAUUUGUGUUAUAUUUUUAUUUCAAAGAGUUUUAAAGCUACAUCCUCACAGAUUUACCGUUUUGACAACUCUUUUUGUCUUGGAAAGGCUCACGUUUUGUGUAAAUGUCUGAAAACUAGUGAUAAAAGACUGCUGACAAAAGUUCAGAUCACACUGUUUUCCAUUACGUUCGGAAAGUAUGUUUUGUAGCUUUAAGCGUAACUAAGGCUUUAAGAAGAAAAUUGAGUUCUUCGGCAUAAAACAUCGAUUUUUUUAAGUAAGACCGAUCUGAUUUUUGUCAGCAGUCUUAUAUCACUGGUUUCCAUGCAUUUACGCAAACAUUUGCUCAUUCCAAGACAAAAAAUAUAAUAAAAGUUUUCAAAGCGGUCAAUCUGUGAGAGUGCAGCUUAAAGACAGGUAAAGAAAAUCAUUGUGAUGAUAAUCAGAUAAACUAUGUCUUAUAAAUUAUAGCAGGUUUUUAGCCUAAUGAAACAAGAUACAAAUGCUUGUUAUGCCCAAACGUUUUCGAGAAAUUGGGCCCAGCUGCAGAGGCUAAAAAUAAAAACUUUCGGGUCGACGGUAUGUUUCUAAAACGGUCGGGAAACGCCAGGCAAUCUGUUCAAAUCUGGCUUGAGUUUAUUAUUAUUAUUAUUAUUAUUUUGUUUGAUCACAGUAAUGUAUAGUGUUGUAAGAUGUCAGAAUCAUACCUGUCUAUUUCUUUUUCAUGACUAUUUAAUGAUUGUUGGAUGUUUGAACGAGAUAUUCUAAUCAAUGUUGGACUUUUUUGUGUAAUUUAUUAAACAUGUUGUGUUCAGUCAGUAUUUACAUUUUUUAUUUACGAAGAAAAGAUAUGUGUGAAUAUGUGUAAAUAUGUGUGAAAAAGGGUGACUGUGUGUGAAUAUGUGUGAAAAAGGGUGACUGUGUGUGAAUAUGUGUAAAUAUGCGUGGAUAUGUGUGAAAAAGGGUGACUGUGUGUGAAUAUGUGUGAAAAAGGGUGACUGUGUGUGAAUAUGUGUGAAUACGUGUAUGUUUUAGAGGGGAGAAAAGGGCACAUUGUGUCGGGCUGUAAAGAAUUACAACAUUAUAUAUUUUCUAGUAUAUUUACAACUGUUAGGAAUGGUGCUUGAUUGGAGUACUAUUAAAUUUUGACUGCCAAAUCUGUCCAGUUUGUAUAAAUUUAGUAGUAUUAAUGAAAACAUAAGAAAUAUUUGAUUAUACUUUGCAUAUAAAUUUAUAAAGGCAGAUGGUAAACAUGCUGGUCUCCAUGAGAGCAGAAGGGGCUAUUUGUACUUAAAAGGAACAAGGUGUAGUAUCGUUCGAUAACUCUUUAGCUAAAAACAUAUCAGAAAGAACCUACCAAGAAGACAGGGUGCAGCACGCUUCCAUAACUCUUUAGCUAAAAAACUAUCAGAAAGCCCUACCAAGAAGACAGGGUGCAGCACGCUUCCAUAACUCUUUAGCUAAAAAACUAUCAGAAAUGCUCUACCAAGAAGACAGGGUGCAGCACGCUUCCAUAACUCUUUAGCUAAAAAACUAUCAGAAAUACCCUACCAAGAAGAAAGGGUGCAGCACGCUUCCAUAACUCUUUAGCUGAAAAACUAUCAGAAAUGCCCUACCAAGAAGACAGGGUGCAGCACGCUUCCAUAACUCUUUAGCUAAAAAACUAUCAGAAAUGCCCUACCAAGAAGACAGGGUGCAGCACGCUUCCAUAACUCUUUAGCUAAAAAACUAUCAGAAAUGCUCUACCAAGAAGACAGGGUGCAACACGCUUCCAUAACUCUUUAGCUAAAAAACUAUCAGAAAUGCCCUACCAAGAAGACAGGGUGCAGCACGCUUCCAUAACUCUUUAGCUAAAAAACUAUCCGAAAUACCCUACCAAGAAGACAGGGUGCAGCACGCUUCCAUAACUCUUUACCUAAAACCUUAAGUACUAUAUUCUAGCAAUCCAAUUUCCUGUUGCAACUUUAAAAUAACCUUGUUGCAACCUUAAACUAACCUUGUGACAACCUUAAACUAACCUUUAGCCAACUAACAUCGAGACAUAAGUCUUAAAUGUUGACAUAAGGUAUCCGAUAUACAAUUUAACUUGUCCCUGUAUCGAACAAUCGUGAAUAAUGUUAAAUUCAUAUGCCUGGGACCAUGUUUACGAACAAUGUCAAGUCUGGGUCUAGACUCAGACCCAGAAAAGCUUGUUUUAUUGAAUUACAAAGAAUCGUCUGUAUUAUAUUCGUUUUACAAAAAAAAAUUCGGAACAGAACUUGCAGAAUUUGUCAAAAUUAAGAUAAUCGUUGUGAUUUUAUUGAACCAUGCAUUUGUGAAUUCUCAGAUAUGGUUAGCACAUGAUUCAUUGCUUGCCUUAAAAACAGGAUAAUGAAGAUAUUUCUCGGAGUCUGGCAUGUCUUAUUUGUCUAUGAAUAUAUAAAUACUAUUAUCGUGUAGCAUUCAAUUACAUAUUUAGCGAACAUCAUUCCACUUGAUGUUAAAUAUCGUUUAAGACUUCAUGGAAAUGACAUUUUUAGUUCAAGCACUCACAUGACCAUGAUAAUAAACCUUUAUAUAGACACUUACACCUUAGUGGUCAACAUUACAUUUUGUCUAAUGAGAGACAGUAUGUAUCAAGUUUUCCAAUACAUUUAUUUCAGUAAAUCAGCAUUGAGCCGUUAUUGAUUUUAAUCAGGUGAAGCAGUAGAUAUAAACAGUGGCUGGCCAAUUAGUGGGUAGUCUACAAACUAAUUUGUAGAUCACUGAAAAAACUUCAAGAUUAAAAGUAUGUACUUACACAUAAGGUUAUUUGUUAAUAAGUACAUUUUGACCAUCUUUAUCCAUUACUUAGUAUUAUAACCUCUAAGAAAUUUAACUUAAAGUGACACUCUUAUUCAAAACACAUGUAUAACACAGGGGCGGAUCCAGGAUUUUGGGUAAGGGGGGCGUAACUUUUAAUCACUCUAAAGGUUGCACUAGCAGAUCCAGGGGCAUACCUAUAGUUCUAAUAUCAUAACGAGGUUUCUAUAGGAAAAUAUAGUAUAUUUUAUUGUUUUUUAUUGAAAAUAUAGUAUAUUUUAUUGUUUCCAUACCAAAGAACAUGUAAGCUCCGGGAAUUUUAGGGGGGGCGUGCGCCGGGUGCGCCCCCCCCCCCCUGGAUCCGCUAGUAUAACAAACAUAAUUUUUGAGUGAUAAAGCUUAAACUACUUCCUAAAUAAUGCAUUUAUGGAAAAUAUUAAUUACUGAUAACAAGAUUGUAACCGUCUAAUAGCUAAAUAAUAAAUUAUUGGUGAGUGCUAAAAAAAUUACUGCGAUCUACUUCCGUCUCAUAAGGUAGAAAAACCGUGUUUUGUGCACCUUUCAGAGGCUUUCUUUCAAAUUAAAAUAGGUAUCCUUUAUAAAAAAACCCCAAUGUUUUCGACCUUUAUUCAUCAUUUUUGGUAUAUUUUAACAAUUGUAUUAAUUAUGGUAAAUCUUAUUUGGGAGUAAGAGUGCAUAUUUAAUACUAUUGAACAUAUGAGGCAAGUUUUAAUGCCUGCAACUGAUUUUUUUUCCAUUCAAUGUAUUUAAGGGUUUAUAUCAGUCCAAUUGCGGUUAACCGCCAGACGAAACUCUGAAACCGCACAUGUACAGAUAUAUCUAAACGCACAUGGUACAUCUGAGUUCAGGUGACUUAAAACUGGGAACAAGAGAUUUGAUCAGAGGGAAAGAUGUGUUCCAGUUUUAUUAUGUGGUUUGCGGUGGAUUCAGACAGUUAUUUUUGGUAUAACAUAUUUGGUUUGGUGUCUAACCUUGUUUGUACUGUGAUGUAUGUGUUAAAGUGUCCAUCUGCUGACAUUAAAGGCAUUUUGCCGGUCUUUUUUUAAUGGUUGAAGGUUGUUAGUAUGUGUACUUACAACAAUAAAUGGUUUGAUGGGACCUAGUCGCCUAACCAUUUAUUUUGUUGAAGUACAUAGUAACAACCUUUUGCAUUUAAGUGGUCUAUAUCAUGUUGCGUGAACUAUCCUCUAAGGGGUCCAGCUACUGUUUUUAUCUACCGGUUUACCCGAUUGAAUUCAAUAAUAACUGACUGUGAUGUUUGUGUAAAAGUGUCCAUCUGCUGACAUUAAAGGCAUUUUGCCGGUCUUUUUUUAAUGGUUGAAGGUUGUUAGUAUGUGUACUUACAACAAUAAAUGGUUUGAUAGGACCCUGUCGCAUAACCAUUUAUUUUGUUGGAGUUCAUACUAACAACCUCUUACAUUUUAGUGGUCUACAUAAUAUUAUGUAGACAACUCACUAAGUGGACCAGCCACUGUUUAUAUCUACCAGUUCAACUGAUUAAAAUCAAUACCAACUGACUGCAGAUUCACAGAAAUAAAUGUAUUGGCAAAAUUAAAGUUUACUCCAUUCUCAUUAGACCAUAAACUAGCUUACUUGUGGGUCGAAUACCUUAAAAUGUUUUUCAACAAGUUGUCUCUCAAUAGUUUAAAAAUGAAUUAAAGGCCAUUGAACUUUGAAACACAUUUCAUUCAGAUGUGGCCUUCAUUUUACGAGUUUUUUUUCUUAUCUAAGAAACUGACAUUCUGUUAAAGACAUUUUUGAAGGGAAGAUACUUCAGCAAGCAGUGCUUCAAGGACAUUCACAGCACGAUUAUAAUGAUGCAUUAUAAUAUGGUUAAAUACUCUUAAGGUGUCCGAGCCAUUUAAAAUAUUUAAACUGAUAAAUGAUCGAAAAUAUAUUAUAGGCAAAGUUACUGCAUUCUCGUACACCAGGGAGAUGAUGUUAUUCGUAUCAUUAUCAAACCUCUGGCCCUAAUUUUUCGGAACUUCUUAAGCUUAACAAGAAUGUACAUUUAUCUUUGUAAAACGAAUUGAAUAAAGAUGAUUCUUGUCUGGGUCUGAGUCAACUAUUCGUAAUCAUGGGCCGUGGUCUUUUUUGUUUCUUUCAACACAGCCUGUUUGCAAUAUAUUGUCGUUAUCUUUUUAUCAUAUUCUUUCUCUAUCCUGUCAAAUUACACCAUCAUAACAUGUGGUCUGCAGUGGGAGGGGGUGGGAGCAAGCUUAUUUACCCAUCGGGUAAUACCCAUUCGGCGAGCAUCCAUUUUUUUACAUGAUUAGGUAUCGAAUACCUUAAUUCACUUACACGCUUUUUUUUUUUUUUAUCUCGGAGAGUAGUUUCAGAUUUCAGACUUAUUUAAUGAAAGAACGCUUUGAAAAUUGUAAAAGAGUGCUUGUUAUGAAUGUACUUUGAACGAUUGUUUAAUACCAUUAAUUUCCAUAAAAUUUUUUAAUAAGUUUGUGAAAGUUAAUCAUUUCAUAAAUAAAUAUUUGCCCUUACAUUGUGUGAAAGAGUUUAGCAGCGUGUUUCCAUAGGUAAAGAAUUACAGUCAAAAGAUAUUAAAUAAUUCACAAAAUCUCAUUAUAAAUGGAUUGUAUUAUUUGCAAGAGUUUCAAACUUAUUUCAACAAAGUCGGCACUUAAAAUUAUUCAAUUUGUGCGUGAUUUGAAUGAAAUAUUUCUACCUACAAGGCAAUAAAAACAUCAACUGCAAUAAAACGAAUUAGACAAACGUUCCAUUCAACCAUCAAAGUAAUUGCUUCACAUAUGAGUUUAAAUAAAUACUGUUAGUAAUUUUAGGAUGCAUUAUUACCAUUGAAUAAAAUGUGCAUUUACCAUUUUGCUUCUAUAUAAUUAAAUUCAUGAUAUGAAUGCACUGUGGUUAUAAAAUUAUUGCAUAACAUUUUUUUAGAAUUGAAUUUAAUUCAUCUCGUCAGUUUUUUCGAAGAGGAUAGUCGAGAUAUUGUUAUAGCCUUUGGUGCCGUUUUUGUUGGCAGCGUGGGCAUGGGCGUUGUUGUACAAACACAUAAACUUGUCCAUAAUUCUUCGUUUGAUUUAUUCAAAUAAAACUUGGUACAUACGGUAUGUUGUUUGUGAAAAAUACAACGCACGUGUAAAAGGCCCAUAACUCUGACUUUAAUAUAUGUUAGGUGAUGCCCCUUGUUCGACUGAGAAUAAAACAACAGACGGGCGUUGGUGUUCGCUUCGCGGCGCUCUUGUUUUAAAAUACACAACAUUUGUUAAGUCUAACUUCUAUAAAAACACACCUGCAUAAUAAUGUUAUUUGAAGCAAAACAUUUUUCAGAAACUCGUUCUGGGCUGGUAUUCAAAAUUGGGCUUAAUUGGAUCUAAGAACGAUGUAGCUAAUCGGAUUACUUGUUAUUAAUAUCUGACCAAUAGAGUAAAUGAAGUCAAUGUUGUAUGACUUUAAAACAAACUUAAGUUCGAUAUUGAAUACCACCCCAGUUUCAAUGCGUAUCGUGUGUGGUAUAACCGCAUAGAAUCCUUGAAUCAAUUCUGAAUCUUAUCGGUUUUACAUUACUUAAAGACAGAUCGCAUUGGUAUUGUCUUCUGUAUCUUAUGCAAAGAUUGUUUACAAAGUUGUUACAUGCUAAACAGCGCUUCAGUUUAAGAAAAUUUGGAAGUAUAUUACUCCCUAGAAAAGGGCUAAAACUUCCAAAAUUAAAUCCUUGAAAGUAUAGAAAACAUUUUAAAAUGCAUUAAAAUACUAGUACAAUUUUUUGAACACACGUAUGGUUUUGUUUGCAAAUUGUUUCAUAAUUUAUCAGAAUAGUUGUGCAAUAAUGGUGAAAUAGUAAGUGUUCGAGAGACUUGAACUUCCAUAUUAAGAUGAAUAAACUCCAACACUGAGGCCACAAUGACAUGUCUUGAAAGUACAUCUGUCACUUGACAAAAAAUCUAAUUCUGGACAAGGGAACUUACAGGGUCUCAAAUAAGAAUAUCAGAGAAUGAGAAAAUUCAGCUAACCCAUCAGAACGUCUAUAUCUUGUAACAAAAAUGCGAUUUGUCUUUAAAUUUGUCAAUUAUACGGUAGUAUAAAUAAUAACGUUUAAAUCAAUAUGUAUGAGAUGCUAUCAUUUUAUCAUUUUGUCUACAUACUUUGUUAUGUAUAUACAUGUACUUGAACUAUUGUAGAGAGUUUGAUCAUAGUUUAGCGAAAUGUUUUGUGUAAAUUAUUAUUGCUGUUCAUUUUUAUGAGACCGUUGUUUUGUUCGUUACUUGUGCUAAGUAUAAUUUAUGUUCACACAUCAACCACAUGGUGAAUAAA